GGAGCAGCAUCGUUUCCCCGUCCCCGUUUGUCCCCUGGGGGGGAACCAGAGGUGGGGCCAAUCCGGAGAGGAGGCGGGGCCCUACGGAGCUUCGGUUGAGUGGGAGAGAGAAAGUGGAAAGUGAGGGGGAAAAAUACCUGAAUGGACGAUCUGGAAUAAAUCUGAUCCACAUCAUCUCUCCCCCAGCUGUGACUCUCCUACCCAUCAUCCUCUCCCAGUCCCUUCUCCCCCGUGCUCUCCCGCCUCCCCUCUUCUCCGUCCCUCCUCUUCAUCAGCCUCCAAGAUAGAUUCCCUCAGGAGCAAGGUUGAUCUGCUCAAGCUGCCUCUGGCUCUCUCCACCAAGUCCAUCUCCGAGCGCAAGAGCCAGCUGGGAGGCGCCGGCGAGCGCCGCAGCGCGGGGGGAGGAGGCGGGGCUCGUACAGCCCGCUCACCGCCGACCCGAGACAUGGACAACGAGUCGCAGUACUCGGGAUACUCUUACAAGUCGUCUCACUCUCGAAGCUCCCGAAAGCACAGGGACCGGAGGGAGCGGCACCGCUCCAAAAGCAGAGACAGCAGCAGCCGUGGAGACAAAUCAGUCACCAUCCAGACGCCCGGAGAGCCGCUGCUGGACGCAGAGUCGACCCGAGGAGACGACAGGGAUGAUAACUGGGGAGAGACCACCACUGUCGUCACGGGAACCUCCGAGCACAGCAUCUCGAAUGAGGACCUCACCCGCGUCACCAAAGAUCUGGAGGAGUCGACGCCGCUGGAGUGCAAGCGCUUCAUCGGCCCGGCGCUCGGAGGCUGCCUGAGCUUCUUCGCUCUCAUCACGCCGCUGGCCUUCCUCAUCCUCCCUCAGGUCCUGUGGCGGGACGCCCUGGAGCCCUGCGGGACGCCCUGCGAAGGCCUGUACGUCUCGCUCGCCUUCAAGCUCCUAGUCCUGCUCAUCUCCUCCUGGGCGCUGUUCCUCCGCCCGCCCAGAGCCACGCUACCGCGGUUCUUUGUCUUCCGCUGCCUGCUGAUGGUGCUGGUGUUCCUGUUCGUGGCGUCUUACUGGCUCUUCUACGGCGUGCGGGUGCUGGAGCCCAGAGAGAGGGACUACAGGGGCAUCGUGGAGUACGCCGCCUCGCUGGUGGACGCCCUGCUCUUCAUCCAGUACCUGGCUCUGGUGCUGCUCGAGGUCCGACACCUGCAGCCGGCUUUUUGCCUUAAGGUGGUCCGCAGCACGGAUGGAGCCAGCAAGUUUUACAACGUGGGUCAUCUCAGCAUCCAGCGAGCCGCCGUCUGGGUGCUGGACCGGUAUUACAACGACUUCUCUGUCUACAACCCUGCUGUGGUCAACCUUCCCAAGUCCAUCCUGUCUAAGAAGAUGACCGGAUUCAAGGUUUACUCCCUGGAUGAAAACACCACCAAUAACUCGACGGGCCAGUCGCGCGCCAUGAUCGCAGCGGCUGCCAGGAGGAGGGACAAUUCCCACAACGAGUAUUACUACGAGGAGGCCGAGAUGGAGCGCAGGAUCCGCAAACGCAAGGCCAGGCUGGUCGUGGCGGUAGAGGAGGCCUUCACGCACAUCAAGCGGCUCCACGAGGACGAGGCGGCGGCGUCUCCCAAGCACCCCCGGGAGGUGAUGGACCCCCGGGAGGCGGCGCAGGCCAUCUUCGCCCCGAUGGCGCGCGCCAUGCAGAAGUACCUGAGGACGACGCGGCAGCAGGCCUUCCACAGCAUGGAGAGCAUCCUCACGCACCUGCAGUUCUGCAUCACGCACAACAUGACGCCCAAGGCCUUCCUGGAGCGAUACCUCACCCCGGGCCCCACCAUGCAGUACCAGCAGCAGAGCGGCAGGGGGCGCCAGUGGACUUUGGUGAGCGAGGAGCCCGUCACCUCGGGCCUCCGGCAGGGGCUGGUCUUCUCCCUGCGGCGCCUGGACUUCUCGCUUGUCGUCACGGUAACGCCGCUUCCCUUCCUGCGGCUCAGCGAGGAGUUCAUCGACCCGAAGAGCCACAAGUUUGUGAUGCGGCUUCAGUCGGAGACGUCGGUGUGAGCGGGGCCGCUCCUCCUGGACAUGACACUGACACGCCUCAUUAUCCAAUCAGCAGUCAGCCUUCUCUCAUGCUCUUCUGUGACAGAAACCAAUCAGAAGGAGGAAUGCUGCUUUUUUUAUUUUGAUCAUCAAACUGUGAUCGGCUCAAUGAUUGUUCCAAAAAAACGAACAGAGGCCUUCUCGCCGCCGCCGGUGUUUUCUCUCUAAAAGGUUUAUUUCUCUUUAACCACUGAACCACAGAGGAGCAGUGACUCAACACACGAACGCAAGAGGAAGGACGAGAUUAUGUCACUUCCUGUCAGUCACUCUGGUGAUGUUUUCUCUGAUAGCGCAUGGAUCUGCUUUUACAUGAGGGAGUGGCUUUUACUGUUUUAACCUGCAGAAUGUAGCAAUACGUGCUGUGAGUUGAUUGUUUUCAUGUAAAGAAGAGCGGAUCUACAUAAUGGAGCUUUUUUAAAAUUAUUUUCCCAUGAUGCACUGCAAAAACACAAAAUAUCUCCAAGUAUUUUUGGACUAGUUUCCAGUGCAAAUAUAAAAUAAGACAAAACUAACCUACAAGUAACUUUUACAAUCUUGUUUCAAGUAAAUAAUUUCUUAAUAUUGAUGUAAUAAUACUAUCUCCACUAGCAGAUAAUUUCAUUUAUAAAAAUAUAUUUUUCCCAUGAAAUAAUCUGACAGUGGAUCUAGUACUUUGACAUCAAUAUUUAGGAAUUUUUGACUAAAAAUAAGCUCCUAUAUCUUGUCGAAAAGUUACAUGUAUGUUAUUUCUGUCUUAUUUCAGGUGUAUUAACAUAUUUGCACUAGAAACUAAACCAAAAUACUUGGUAAUAUUAUGUGUUUUUGCACAUAAUAGUACAACAUUUCCAUCCUAAUUUUGCAGCUUAUUUGGAUGCAUGAGUCCGGCGGUGGUCCAACAGAUCAGCUGGAAAUAUCAAAAUCCGUCACACAAAAUGUGCUAAAUGACUAAAGGCUGUUUAAAAUUGGUGACUAUCGCUUAUAAAUAUUCCUGGCUGUAGGUGAAACUCACCCAGAAUAAACAACUCAGUGCUGUUUUUAAUCACAUUGUUCUACAUGUAAGUAAUUUAAAUCAGUUAAAUUGACUGUUUCCAGCCUUUAUAAGCUCAUUUUGGACAAUUUGGCGCUAAAUCAAACAAACAGAAUCAAAACUGAUUGAUUUAGAAAAAAUGAACCGAGCUUGUUGGUUUUCCAGCUGAUUUUAUUAUCAAAAAUAAGAUAAGAUGAGCAUAAAAUCAGGAUUCCUCUCUGUUGUGCUUAAGCUGUGCAACAGUAUUUGGCUGCAGACUCCCUGAUUCCAAUCUGAGUCGCAAAAAAAGAAGAAAAAGUUUAUAAUUCAACAACUAAAUGUUUUUUUGUUCACAUUAAUGGUUUGGUUUGGUGGUCAGUUCAUGCAUGAACCAUGCGGGGCCUUGAUGACUGUGCCUGCAGCUCUCAGACUGUCUGUGCAUGAAAUAUAAAAAGCUAUUUUUACCAGAGUUUCUCAACAGUUCAACCUCGUCACUUAUGACACAGACGUGAAUUUAGACUUGCAGGCAAAGAAAAAUCUAAAUCAGGUGCUUUAAUUCUGAGAAUAAUUCAGAAUGAAUGCAUCAUGCAGCUUUUCUAAAGGAAGAGGCAACUCAUAAAUGGACAGAUUUUAGUGUUAAUAUAUGCUAAAAUCAAGCUUUUAUGAAAAUUGUAAGUUCUUUUUAGCGUUUUAUUAAACCGUUAAAUGACUGUGGAGAUCAGGAAGCAAAAACGCAAACAUUAAGAGUUUGAAUUUCUUAUUUUAAACGGGUACCAAUAAUAUUGCUUUUUUACAUUUUCACAACUGUCACUUUUCACCUGGUAGCAAAAAGCUUUAAUUGUAAACUACUGAUUGUGUCAGUGUAGUACCGGUUACAGGAGUCUCUUCUUCUUUAGGGUGGAACCAGUUCUGCUCAAGCUGCUUGUAUACAUCUGCGACCACACGGUUUUUGUAUUUUAUGUAAAAACGGAUAAACGCCCCAAACCGGAUGAGCGAUUGUAACUCCUCUGGUCACCGCCUCGCCUUGUGCCGCUUUAAUCGAACCUUUUCUCUGCAGCCCUGCUGCCUUUUCAGCUCCUCUCAUAUAAACUCCAGACGUUUCACAUGAACAGUCCUGAUUUUUUAUUUUAUUUUUUAAGGAAAGCAUGCAAGGAAUUAUUUCAAGAUCCACUUUUUUAUUUUGAAAAAUUAACUUUUGUAUCAUUUUAAGGUGCCUAAGUUAUGAUGAUGCAAUUUUCUGAAUGUUUUUACUUAAAUUGGAAAAAAGAAACUUGUAAAGAAAAAAAAUGUAGAUUUGUGUUUUCUCCUUUUGGUAACAGUAGCUUGUAAAGUGUUUUAGACAUUGUUUCUAUUAUUAAACCAUCUAUUCCUAAUAAAUCCUGUCUUGUCAGCUGUUUUCUGAGCUGAAAAUGUUUCCUAACAGGAAUUUCUCCUUAAAGAGAGACAGAGGGCUUCUUGAAAAAAGACUUUAAGAGGAACUUCUGAGAAGGGAAGAUGGCUGAUGUGGUGGGCGUGUGGUUGCGUAGCUUCAAAACGGACAGAGAGCCCUUCACUUCCUGUUCUCAGUCGAGGCUCUUCAGUCACGUCAACGUUUCUCUGACGAAGGGAGCAACCAAAGCGGUUCCUUCGCCUCCU